AUGGGCCCCCCGGACAAUAGGGGAUCAUGGGGCCCCUGUGUCCUUGCCCAAACUCAAAAAAGCCUAUGAAAAAGCUCAGGAUCAGGUUAGUAAAAAUACUUUCACUCUCCCCUAGUCUAAACAAGCAAUCAAUCCUUGUAGCAAGGGCACAGCCUCACUCCAAAGCAGGGGCGGACUGACAACUCAAGGGGCCCCCGGGCAAUAGGGGAUCAUGGGGCCCCUGUGUCCCACAAAAAAAGCCUAUGAAAAAGGUACCAGGGGCACCUCAUGGGGCCCCCUACUGACCCCGGGCCUUCAGGCAGUGCCCGAAUUUCCAAAUGGUCAGUCCGCCCCUGC